AUGACUACUCUCAAGAAGCAAGAGGCAUCGCUUAUUUUCUUCUUCACAUUCUUUGCUCUUUUCUCGAAUAUCUACUCCUUUAACAUUACCAACACGCUUAGCCAAUACAGUGAUUUCAGCUCCUUUAGCGACUACUUGACCAAAACCCAACUCGUCUCCGAAAUCAACAGCCGGAAAACCAUCACCGUCCUCGCCGUCGACAAUGGCAACAUCUCCCCUAUCUCAGGACAACCAACGGAUACCAUGAAGAAAAUCUUGAGCCUACACGUGAUCCUUGAUUACUACGAUGUCCAAAAGCUUCAAAAGUUAUCAAACAAAACUGCCAAGCUCACCACAUUGUUUCAAGCCAGUGGUCAGGCCACGGACCAACUUGGGUUCUUGAAUGUAACCAUUAUGAGCGGUAACACGGUUGCGUUCGGAUCAGCUGUUAAGGGUUCGAGCCUUGGAUCUAAUUUGGUUAAAUCGGUUACUUCUCAGCCUUAUAACAUCUCCAUCUUGCAAGUUAGCAGUGUAAUAAUGCCACCGGGAAUUGGUAAUUCGAAUUCGACCUCGAAAUCACCACCGCCACCUUCCCAAGCACCAAGCGAUGCACCACCGUCUAAGGCUCCAACGCCAUCAAAAGCACCGUCACCUAAGAAGUCCCCACCAAGCGAGGCUCCUUCACCAUCUGAUGAUGCGGACGCACCUUCCGAUGAUGCGAAUGCUCCAACCGCUGAUUCUCCUGCCGGGACGCCUCCUGCUGAAGCUGAUGGCCCCGCUGCGGAUACUCCGGCAGCAGCGGAUGGUCCGGCGGCGGACGCUGAUGGUAAAUCAGCUGCCAAUGCUGUUGGGGCUAAAAUUGGUGGUUUGUUGUCGAUCUUUUUGUUCACAUUUUAUGCUGCCGUUACCAUGACGUGAU